AUGUCUUCUGCCACAGGACUUCCAGAACCACCCCCACGAGGCGAUGGCGAUAACGAGUUCGAGCCUCUUCUCGGUCGACCCGGCGACGCCCAGCAAGAACCGGAUGAAUUCAUCGCCAGGAACCUCAUUAUCGGCACCGGUAUCAUCGCCCAAUUCGGCGCCGUCAUCUUCGUUGCCAUGAUCUGGGCCGCCGUGCUGACGAAGGACGUAAUCCUCUUUUCCGGCCACCCGCUCGCGCAGAGUCUCGCCAUCUUCACCCUCACCCAGUCGAUCCUCUCGCUGCAGCCGACGCACACUCCCGAGCAGAAGCGCGUCGGCCAGCGCGUUCACGCCGGCCUCAACCUGCUCGCCUUUCUCUUCCUCGUCGCCGGCGUCGGCAUCAUCGAGUACAAUAAGUACCUGCAGGGCCCAGACUCCCACUUCCACUCCGUCCACGGCUACCUCGGCGUCACCGUCUCCAUCAUCCUCUUGUUGCAGUACAUUGUCGGCUUCACAAUGUGGGCUACCCCGAAGUUGUACGGAGGCGAGGAUACCGCCAAGUCAAUUUGGAAGUACCACCGCUGGAGCGGCUACGUCGUUCUUGUGCUUCUCCUCGUGACGGCUGCGACAGCCAUUGACACCGGUUUCAACUAUAAUGUAUUGAAGCUGAAGCUCUGGGCUGUCGUUGUAACUUCUCUCUUGAUCCUCGUGGGUAUCAUCCCGCGCGUGCAAAAGCAGAAGCUUGGUUUCUCGUCUUGA